AUGCUCAUAUCCGCGUUAUGGACUCUGGCAUCCAUGACCGCGGCGGCCGCGGCAAAGCCCAACGUAGUCGUCAUUAUGCCCGACGACCAGGACAAACAUCUGGACUCCCUCUCAGUAAUGCCGCAUGUCAGCAGCCUGAUUGGGGACCAAGGAGUGCGAUACGAUAGCCACUACUGCACGAUCGCCUGGUGCUGUCCUUCGCGGGUGAAUCUCUUGACCGGAAAGGCGGCGCACAAUACGAAUGUUACGACUCUGACGAUGCCAUACGGCGGUUACGGUAAAUUCAUCAAGGAAGGCCACAAUAGCAACUACCUUCCCUUAUGGAUACAGGCCUCCGGGGCGAAGACGUAUUAUGUGGGCAAGUUCAUGAAUGGUAAGACUGAAGCAUCCGUACAUUGAAGUCGGGUCAUUGAUAUAUCAUGUGCAGCAUACCAGCGACACAAUUGGCAUGCACCGUAUCCGAAAGGCUGGACAAACAGCAGCUUCCUGGUCGACCCCUGGACAUAUAACUACUGGAACUCCACAUGGACGAAUGGCGAUGCACGGAAACAUCUUACUGCCUUUCCCGGCCACCACACGACCCACGUGACACGGCGGAAAGCACUCGAGUUUAUCGACCAAGCCGUAGAUGCUGGGGGCCAGUUCUUCAUGAUGGUAGCACCUGGUAAGUUUGUCAUAGAUCACGCUUUUCGAACUCCAUCCCUGAUGAGCUCCAGUCGCUCCCCACGCUUACAACAGGCAUGGUGGAGAUCGACAGUUGAUGCCCCCAGCUCCACCCGAGUUCGUCGGCGCUUUCAACAACAGCAUUGCGCCAAGAUCUCCCAACUUCAAUCCCGACGAACCUAGGUAUGAAACUUCUCUAUUCUCGUGGUGUUCAUGUCCUAACCACAGCUAGUGGCGCUUCCUGGAUCCUCCACAUCCCCAAACAACACCCCAAACGGAUAGCCCACAACGAUAACUUCCACCGACACCGCCUCCGAAACCUUGCAGGAGUGGACCUUAUGGUCCAGGCCAUCGUUCAAAAGCUCCAAGACCGCGCCGUGCUGGACAACACCUACAUCAUCUUCACCUCCGACAACGGCUUCCACAUUGGCAACCAUCGCCUGUCUCCCGGAAAACGUUGCGGAUUCGAAGAAGACAUCAACAUCCCCCUCUUAAUCCGCGGACCCAACAUGCCGCAAAACAUCACCUCGGCAAUCACCAACUCCCACACUGACAUUGCACCUACCAUCCUCUCCAUGAUGGACAUCCCUCUACGCAACGACUUCGACGGCUCUCCCAUUGCACUCAGAGAACCGGACCUCUCCUCCUCUGACAAAAACGAACACCUCGGAGUCGAGUUCUGGGAUUCUCCGAAACGUAAACAUGGCAAGCUCCCUCAUGACGAGAAUGGCGCGAACAAGUACUACAACAACACCUACAAGUCUUUGCGGAUUAAAUCAGGUGGUCAGUCAUUCUAUUACAGCGUCUGGUGCACCGGCGAGAAAGAAUUCUACGACAUGAACGCAGACCCUUACCAAAUGGACAACCUGCACCGUACCCUCACGGGACCGAUGCAAAACCUUCAAUUCUUCGAUCGGCCUUGGCAUCAACUCGUCCCUCGGCUUGACGCUCUCCUCAUGGUCUUGAAAUCGUGCAAACAGGACACCUGCCGCGAUCCCUACUCCGUCCUGUUCCCAAAGCGUGAGGUACGGAAUCUCACCGCGGCAAUGCACCGCCACUAUGAUAACUUCUUCGAUGGGACGCCGAAACUCAAAUUUCAUUCCUGCCAUACCGGAUACAUUCCACACCUGGAGCAGGAAAGUCGGGUACUGAAGCCGUACGGUGCUGGGUCGAAGAGAGGAUUGGACGUGUUUGGAUUUAUAUUUCUGAUGGUUGGAUGGGGAUUAUACUGGGUAUUGCAAUUUUGA